UGUGAAUCAUCAUCUAAUUGGAAGAGUGUAAAGAAUCGCAUGUUGACACCCACACUUGAAACAACAUUAGAAAUGUUCAAUUGCUGGAAAAAUAUUAUAUUACACCUGGCAUUAGCAGUAGCAGAAGCAUUAGCUGGAACUGCUACCGCCUGUGGAAUUUGAAACAGUUGUUUAAUUGUAAUUCCGAUUAUGAAAAAUUAAGAAAGUUACCCUCGAAAUAUUAUCAUUUUUUUAAAGGGCAGGAAAUUAACUUUUCUUCUGUCAAAAGCUGCUCUGUUCUCUAGGCCUUAGUCCGGCUUAAUUAUGGCCACAUUUUCCAUUAACUUUACUACUUUACAGUGCGGAACACAUACACACUUGAGCGGAGGAGAUAAGUUGUCCGUCAGCAUAGGAAAACUCAAAUCAAAUUCAAGGUAGCUCUGAGCGCAGACACACAGAGUGGCUCCGGCUAAUGCCAUACGGUACGUAAUUUUAAAUUCUUCUCGACAUUUUUUAGUGUGUCACAUUGUCAAGGUGUCUGCCAGAGCCAGAGCGCUGAAAGCUAUCACAUCCCACCCCCCAUCGAUAUGGUUUUCGGGGGUGCAUCUUUGAGCAAUCAACAGCUCCAUUAAAGCUAUCUUUCUCUCUCUCUCUCUCUCUGUGGAGCCCCCUUUUGCCACCUGUUAUGUCUCGAGCAACAGGAGGCCAUUCAUAAAGGACGUUACUUUCGAGCCAAAGAGAGCAAGCGAAAGCUCUCUUUCAGGGGGGUAGCAAAGAGCACUGAGUGGACUUUGGAGUGGCUAUGCCAGGCGCAUGCUCGCAGACUUCGAAGCUUUUGACAUUUGAGAAAAGUUUUUGAGCGGAAUGGGGCGAGAUGUGCGCCUGUGAUUGCCAUUUGGGGGAGUGGGUGGCAUAUGAGAAGGAAAUUCUUGUGGUAUUUUAUUUUACAGAUUUUGUUGUUUAAUGAUAUGUAAAAUUAACAACAUGUGGUGUUAAUUCGUUAAACAUUUAAAUAUACAUAUUUUGUGAUUAUUUUUUUUGGUUUAAAAAAAUGCGAAAAAUUGGCCAGGAAAUAGCAAAAACUGUUACCAAAAAUGGAACUCCUUAUAGUCCUAGAAAUUUAUAAAGAUUUAAGCUUAAGAAACUGUUCCGAACAAGAAGAUUAAAGGAAACUCAAUUUAUUUUAUUUCAGAUAUAUUAAAUAUUUUCCAAUUAUAUUCCUGUUUAUCCCAAUUGGUAUUUUUUAGAUUUAAAAAUGCGGUCUAUUCUUCAGAAUUUAACACAAAAAUGUUACCAAAUAUUAAAAUAAUAAUAUUUCCAGAAAUGACCAAAUAUUUAAGCUUAAGAAAAUUCAACAAUUAAUAGAAUUAAAAGAAAACUCAUUUUAUUUUAUUUCAGCAAUAUAAAAUAUUUCGCAAAAAAUCCAAUUUCUUCAAAGAGCAACCUUUUGAAAUGUUCAUUUAAAUUCUUCGACUCUCGCUGGAAAACCACGAAUUUUCUUCUGAAAUAUUCAUAAAUUGUAUGGUCCGUGGAUUGGAUUGCAUGUGAGCAUGAAUGGAACUGUGUGUUUCCCUCCCAUUCACGUAUAAAAUGUUAUUUAUAUGCUGAUGAUUUUUCGCUAGCUCCUGCGCCAUUCGGAUUGGGGUUUCAUGUGGAAUAAUCCUUUUCGCUGACAUUACUCCGAACGGAAAAACAACGAAACAACCCCCAGACAGACAGGAAUAAUGCCAGAGGACAUGGGCCCAACACCAAUUGUACGAUUUAAGCAAUUUGCAAUUUCUGUGGGGGCCUAUGGAGGGGGGGCAGGCAACUUCAAUGGCGUCAACGAGCCUCAAUAAUAAUAACUUUUCAUAGCGCCCCAUUAUCGUUAAGCGCCCCGAAAACAGUGGAAAACAAGUUAUAAUGAUUUUUGUUUGGACUGAAAGAUACCCGCUACUGAGUCUGCUAUCCCUUAAACGUUUCAAACCACACAAGGAGUCCAGUAUGCACCCUUUUUCUUGCUCAAUCUUCUUAGAAAUGUUCACUCAUCCCUGAGGAGCGCUUGAAGGAGCUCUUGCCAUACAUAACUUUGCACUGUUUGACUUACCCUUCUCUUCGAAUGCACACAGAACAUGCCCUGACAGGCUCCAAGACUCCUUCCUGCUAUGCAAUCUCCCCUGCUCCUCCUCCUGUUGCCUUUGUCCUCGGUGGUCGGGUCGUAUGAGUAAUAUGCCAAUUACACAUUUUGUGCAUUCUCCUGUUGCUUGUUCGCCUCGAUUCUUGUCUUUUAUGCUCCUCUCCCUCUACCCAGCGCUGUAAAAAUAUUUAUACUUGUGUCCUUGCGUGGCAGAGGGCAGGAUGUGGUGUCAUUGCGUAUACGAGGUGAUGGCUUCAAGCGGCUUUCAGCAGGGCUAAGCUUUUGCUGAAAAGGUGAAAGUAGUAAAAAUGUUUAGAGCUUCUAAAAACAGAGACAAAGACGAUUGGAAAUAUCUAUGGAAAUAUAUCAUUUUUAUGGCUAUGUUUUUACGAAUGUAACGUUAGGGAUUUGCUGGCAAAAAAAAACAUUGAUAUGACUUGUGGAUGCCAAACUAUUAUUCACACCUUGAUCUACAUAGCCCACUGAACUUUUUCCCAUUAAAUAUUCCCCCAUAUAUAGGGGCCCAUGAGCUCUUAUAAAAACUUUGGCACACCAAAAGAAUAAUUUUAGUAAGCAACAUGAAGUGGCUGUCUUUUGUGCUGCCAAUUCUUUUAUGGCUACCAAAUCUUUGGGCUGUCUAUAAUCCUUAUAGAAGAAAUUUGGAGCUGCUAUUCCAGGAGCCCAGUGCGGGAUCUUAUACCAAAAACGAUGCCGUUUCGGUGGAAGAACUUUGGUUGGAACAAAAAGUUGAUAAUUUCGAUGCUCUGAACAAUCAGACCUGGAAAAUGCGCUAUCUACGCAAUGGCAAAUAUCAUAGGAAUCAAGGACCCAUCUUCAUAUUUGUGGGCGGUGAAUGGAGCAUAAGUCCGGGUUUUCUGAGCACAGGUCUCACCCACGACAUGGCUGUGGAAAAUUCGGGAAUGCUGUUCUACACCGAACAUCGUUACUAUGGACAGAGCUUGCCCCAUGGAAAGGAGAGCUUCCGUGUGGAUAAGCUGCAGCAUUUGAGUAUCUAUCAAUCCCUGGCAGAUUUGGCUCACUUCAUACGCUUUCAAAAGUCGGAGAAUCCUCGAAUGAAACAGUCGGAAGUCAUAUUAGUCGGUGGUUCAUAUUCGGGCAGCAUGGUGGCCUGGAUGACACAAUUGUAUCCCGAUUUGAUAGCCGCCAGUUGGGCCUCAAGUGCCCCACUGCUGGCCAAAGCGGAUUUUCAUGAGUACAUGGAAGUGGCUAGCAAUUCGAUUCGCUUAAGCUAUGGUCAAAAUUGUACUACCAGAAUGCAGAAGGGUUUUCAGCACUUGACAAAGUUGUUUGAAGAAAAUCAAAUACCGGAAUUACUGCAAAAACUCAAUGGCUGUGAGGAUUAUGAACCCAACGAUCCCCUGGAUAGAGCUGCCUUCUUCAAUGGCUUGGGCAACUAUUUUGCUUUGAUUGUGCAGAGUUAUAGUUCAUAUAUUCCCCAACUUUGCGACACUUUAAUGUCUUUGAACUCCAACGAUGAAGUGGCAUUUGAGGGUUUCUUAGAAGUACUCUUUGCAGAAGGCAGAAGGUCGACAGAUUGCCAGGAGUUUGGCUAUGGGGCCAUGCUGCAACUAUUCAGCGAUCCAAUUUCAGGCAUUCGUGCCUGGUUCUAUCAGACAUGCAAUGAAUUUGGCUGGUACUCGACCACAGCCACAAGCGAUUCAUCAUCCACCUUUGGAAAUCAAGUGCCUUUGUCCUACUACGAGCGUCUCUGUUUGGAUGCAUUCGGUCCAGAACAGACACGGGAGAAGCUAGCCCAGGGCAUUGAGCAGACCAACAAUCACUUUGGUGGCUACCAUUUCAAUCAGAGUGAGCGCUAUGGAGAGGUAUUCUUUACGCACGGCCAGCUGGAUCCAUGGCGCUCUCUGGGCAAGCAAAAAGGCAAUCAGGUCAUUGUCUUGAGGGGCUACUCGCAUUGCGAGGACCUUGGCGGCAUUCAAGUAAGGGACAGCGUGCAAAUGAAUCUGGCCAAACUGCGUGUGAUGUCCUUUCUGCGCCGUCACAUAUAAAUUGCCACCGGGAUAUGCUCAUCCAUGAUUAAUUAUUUAAUAAACAUAUAAGUCAUG